UUCACAGCUGCUGCGCAUACAACACCAGUACCAGUACAGAGAUUUCAAGAUGAAGCUGUUCCUGUUACUGGUGAUGCUGACAACAUGUGCUGCAAAACACCAAGACUUGUCACGUAAAAUGUUCACUUUCCCACUGCAAACCAACAGAGCUCAUGUGAGGCUGAAUGCGACAGCACAGGAUUUCCGAUCUUUAACAGUCUGUCACAGAUCCUUUACAGACCUCAAAAGAGACCACGCCCUGUUCUCUUUGGCCACACCCACCCAUUCCAAUGACUUUCUGAUUUUCUGGGAUGAUAAAAAUAAGGAGAUGGAGCCCCAUAUCAAGGAUAGAAAAACUGAAUUUGGAGGGCGAGACUACAAGCCAAACAUGUGGCACUCUAUUUGCACCACAUGGGACUCUGAGUCUGGAUUGGUGCAACUGUGGUUUGAUGGGCUACCUUCGACUAGGAAAUAUGUCAGCUCUGGAACACAAAUCACAGGACCUACUAUAAUAAUUUUAGGACAGGAGCAGGAUGCCCAUGGUGGUGGAUUUGACAUUAACCAGUCUUUCGUUGGCAUGAUAGCUGAUGUCCACUUGUGGGAUUACAUCCUGUCCUCUUGUGAGAUUCAGAACUAUGUGGAUGAACGCAACUUUACCCCAGGGAACGUCUUGAACUGGAGUGCACUGGAGUUCAAUAUCAUAGAUAGAGUACUGAUAGAAGAUAAGCUCGUGGCCUGUCACUAAACCUUUAAAACAGGAUCAUCACAAUAUAAAGUCUUAAAGUCUUUUUUAAUGUCCAACAUAAAAACCCAUUUAUUAACUUGUUGAAUUAGAAAUGUUUUUUCUAAUCAGUGACUUCUGUGGGUGGCAGUUAAAUUUCUUAUAAACAAAAAAAAAAAAACCAAAAAAAAGAGAAGUACAGACUGUGUGAUUAUUGCCCAAAUGUCACAAUCAGCAGUAUGUCACAAUUUGCAAUAGAGAAGUCCACACUUCUUCAUUGAAUCUGAAAACUCUGAAUCUCUAUUUAUCCACAAAAGUUUUAAAAUUUUAAAGGUGGUAAUGUCUGUUCAUUUCUGUUGAAUUUAUAGUAGGUAAAUGCCAAUAGCGAUAACAUGAUGCUGUUUUGGAGGUUGCCCCCUACUGGCCAAAAGAUGAUAAAUGCAGCUUUUCCUUGUUUUGGCCUUUUACUAUAUUCAUAAUAAUCUGGUGACGUUCAUGUAAUUUUAUAAACAGUUAAAUAAAUAAUAUGUACAUCCAGUUGGGAAGUAGUUUAAAUAUAUGAAUGGACCUAUAGUGUAUACAAAGAAGACUCAGGUUUCUUCAUGUUUCAUCACUUUUCGCAAUUUUUUGAUUAUCACAUGGAUUUUUGAUUGUUCAUGUGAGUAGUUCCUUUCUGACAGAUGCUGCCAGUGGUGCAAUCAGUAAAACUCACAGAUGAACACUCACUGUAAAGUAGUACACUAUUGUGUCAGACUGGUGAUAAGAGUUUGUUUGUUUUACAUGUUUAAACCAAAUAGAAUGAAAGAAAUAUAAGUUUUAGUAUAUUAGCAUAGUAACAUACACAUCUAUUACAGCUAUUAUUUAUUUUCAAUAUGGACAAAGCAUACUCAUAAAUACAAAAUUUGCGUUGCUAUGUUCAGGAGCAAAUGAUCAAUCAGGACAAGUAAACAAGUCCAAGGAGCAAAUGCAGGUAUUUAUUAUCAAGUUCUUUGAUAAUAAACAGCAUGUGCUCACAUGGACUUCGGACUGCAUGUGCAGGUUGUUCUUUGCCAAACAGAUGCUACGUGUUUCUCAGUCAGUUAAACUACUUGUGUCUUCCAUUCAUCCAAACUUCAAGUGAAAGAACAGGGACUCCCUCAAUGAAUCUGCAUAUAUAUAUAUAUAUAAUCUUUAUAUUUUGGUCAGGAACUGAAAAGAGCCCCUUGAAUGUUUGAUUCUUGGAGAUGAACUUCUCCAGGCAGUUUUACUAAAAAAAAAAAAAAGGACAUUAAUCAACUGCCUGGAGUCUAAAAGUGCAUGAGCAUCAUCAGAUGUUGUGUUUCCUUGUUUGAGAUGCUCUGCUAGGCCUUUACUGCAGCCACCUUCAGUUGCUGCUUGUUUGUAGGUCUCUCUGCAUUCAGUUUUGUUUAGAUGUUUUCUGGCAAAGUGUAAUCUGGACUUCUUGUUCAGUGUAACCAGUGGUUACACUAAAUAAAUGAAUGUGUAUCUUGAUUGUGGACUUUGAUAGUGAUAUUCCUACCUCCUCGAGAGUGUUCUUGAGUUGGCUAGAUGUUGCAAACAGAGUUCUCUUAACCAUAAAAAAUUUGAUUAUCCA